AACCACCACUCAGUAGUAGUCCAAUUCAUUCCUUAUUCCCAUCAAGUAGCCGCAAACUGCAUUUAUCAUCAUCAGUGGGGUAAUUGCACGCCAUGCGCCAAAGCGUCUUGAGCCUUGCACCUCCACUUAUAAGUAGGCCCAGCUACUCAUGGUCUCGCAUCAACGCCCGUUCAACCCCCUCUCUUUGUUCAUUCAAACCUCGACAACAAACUGUGUGUCUCGGUCAUAGACUCUUCAACUCUACAGCCGCCAAGAUGUCGUUCCCACCAACUCUCAAGCUCAACGACGGUAAUGAGAUUCCACAGCUCGGAUAUGGCCUUGGAACUGCCCGAUUCAAGCGCAAUGGAGGGCCUCUAGACGCCGAACUCAUUGAGCUCACCAGGAAAGCCAUCGACAUCGGCUACCUCCACCUUGAUGGUGCCGAAGUAUACGGAAAUGAAGAAGAGCUCGGCGCUGCCAUCAAGGCCUCAGGCGUUCCCCGAGAGAAACUCUUCGUCACAACCAAAAUCAGUGCCCUCGAGAAGAAGGACACCGAAAAGGCUUUCGCCCUCUCACUGAAGAAGCUUGGCCUUGACUAUGUCGAUCUGUAUCUGAUCCACGGUCCUUUCUUCGCCGACACCGACGAGGACUUGCAGGAGAAAUGGGCUGACCUGGAAGCCAUCAAGGCUUCCGGCCGGGCAAAGUCCAUUGGCGUCUCCAACUUCCUCCAGGAGCAUCUAGAAGCUCUCCUCAAGACGGCCAAGGUGGUGCCCGCAAUCAAUCAAAUCGAGUACCACCCUUACCUCCAGCACGGCGAUCUCAUUGCGUUCCACAAGAAGCACAACAUCGCCAUCGCCUCAUUUGGCCCCUUGGUGCCAAUCACCACCGUCAAGGGCGGCCCAGUGGUCCCCGUCUACAACAAGCUAGCGGAGAAGUACGGCGUUACGGAUUCUGACGUCGGCCUCCGAUGGGUUCUUGAUCAGGGAAUUGUCACACUCACAACCAGCUCUAAGGAGUCGCGGUUGACCGGAUAUCUCGAGCGGUUGCCCAAGUUUAAGCUGACGGACGAGGAGGUGGCGGAGAUUUCGACGGAGGGAAACAAGAACCACUUCCGGUCAUUUUGGAGAAACAAGUUUGCCGAGGAUGACAGAAGGUAGACGAUGGUGGCCAUCUCAAAUUAUUACUAUUCCUUUUAGACAUAAUAAUAAGGUUAUAGAUUGGUGGGCGUAAAACACUAGCCAUCUCUUGUAAGCUGACGGAAUAUGUUGGCGG